CGACUGGGAGGCGAUCACUGAGCAGCGCAGGGCCCCGCCCCGGGCUCCAUUGUUGAGGCAGCUGGCUCUCCGCGGGCUGCGCUCCCCUCGGCCACCCUGAUUGCACGAGCCACUAGAUCCUGAGCAAUGGAAGAAUUAAUAGUUGAACUUCGUCUCUUUCUGGAGCUCCUGGACCAUGAGUACCUCACGUCAACUGUCAGAGAGAAAAAGGCCGUGCUCACCAACAUCCUGCUGCGGAUACAGUCAUCAUCCAAGGGCUUUGAAGUGAAGGACCAUGCUCAGAAGGCAGAGGCCAACAGCCUGCCAGCACCUCCCCAGAUGCCUCUGCCUGAGAUCCCUCAGCCAUGGCUGCCUCCUGACAGCGGGCCUCCGCCAUUACCAACGUCCUCUCUGCCAGAAGGUUACUAUGAGGAAGCCGUGCCGUUGAGUCCUGGAAAAGCUCCAGAGUACAUCACCUCAAAUUAUGACUCUGAUGCUAUGAGCAGUUCCUAUGAGUCGUAUGAUGAAGAGGAGGAAGAUGGAAAAGGGAAGAAAACCAGGCACCAGUGGCCUUCAGAGGAAGCCUCUAUGGACCUGGUCAAAGACGCCAAGAUCUGCGCCUUCCUGCUGCGCAAGAAACGCUUUGGCCAGUGGACCAAGCUGCUCUGCGUCAUCAAGGACACCAAGCUGCUGUGCUAUAAAAGUUCCAAGGACCAGCAGCCCCAGAUGGAGCUGCCGCUGCAAGGUUGCAGCAUCACCUACAUCCCGAGAGACAGCAAGAAGAAGAAGCAUGAGCUGAAAAUCACCCAGCAAGGCACUGACCCACUGGUUCUCGCCGUCCAGAGCAAGGAGCAGGCUGAGCAGUGGCUGAAGGUGAUCAAAGAGGCCUACAGUGGCUGCAGCGGCCCUGUGGAUCCAGAGUGCUCUCCACCACCCAGCACCAGUGCCCCUGUGAACAAGGCUGAACUGGAGAAGAAAUUGUCGUCAGAGAGGCCCAGCUCCGAUGGAGAAGGUGUCGUGGAAAAUGGGGUCACCACAUGCAAUGGAAAAGAGCAAGUGAAGAGGAAGAAAACCUCCAAGUCUGAUGCCAAGGGAACUGUGUCCAAGGUCACUGGGAAGAAAAUCACCAAGAUCAUCGGUCUGGGGAAGAAGAAGCCAUCCACAGAUGAGCAGACGUCAUCAGCAGAGGAGGACGUGCCCACCUGUGGGUACCUAAAUGUGCUCUCCAACAGCCGCUGGCGGGAGCGCUGGUGCCGAGUGAAGGACAGCAAGCUCAUUUUCCACAAGGACAGGGCCGACCUGAAGACCCACAUUGUCUCCAUCCCUCUACGUGGCUGCGAAGUGAUUCCAGGCUUGGAUUCUAAGCACCCGCUGACCUUCCGGCUGCUUCGCAAUGGACAGGAGGUGGCUGUUUUAGAGGCAUCAUCAUCUGAAGACAUGGGCAGAUGGAUUGGCAUCUUACUGGCAGAGACGGGAUCUUCAACAGAUCCAGGAGCCCUGCACUAUGACUACAUAGACGUGGAGAUGUCAGCAAAUGUUAUACAGACGGCCAAACAGACCUUUUGCUUUAUGAACAGGCGGGCAGUGUCCACGAGCCCAUACCUGGGGAGCAUCUCCAAUGGCUACGCCCACCCCAGCGGGACAGCAUUGCACUAUGAUGACGUCCCCUGUGUCAACGGCUCGUUGAAGAGCAAAAAACCUCCAGUGGCAUCUAAUGGGGUUUCCGUAAAGGGGAAGGUUCCAAGCAGCCAGCAAAAAAAAGUGGAUUCUGCCGGUGGCGUGAAACGGACGGCAUCAAAUGCUGACCAGUACAAAUAUGGUAAGAACCGGGUGGAAGCAGAUGCCAAGCUGUUACAGUCCAAAGAGGAGGAGCUGCUGAAGAGGAAAGAGGCCCUGCGGAACAGGCUAGCACAGCUCCGGAAAGAAAGGAAGGACCUGAGGGCCGCAAUUGAAGUGAAUGCAGGCAGGAAGACCCAGGUGGCCCUGGAGGACAAGCUGAAGAGGCUGGAGGAGGAGUGCAAACAGAGAGAGGCGGAGCGGGUCAGCCUGGAGCUGGAGCUGACCGAGGUCAAGGAGAGCCUGAAGAAGGCCUUGGCAGGGGGCGUCACCCUAGGACUGGCUAUUGAGCCCAGGUCGGGGACAUCAAGUCCACAGUCUCCUGUGUUUCGGCAUCGGACUCUGGAAAACUCUCCCAUUUCCAGCUGCGAUACGAGUGAUGCUGAGGGGCCCCUGCCUGUGAACAGUGCAGCCGUCCUGAAGAAGAGCCAACCUUCCUCAGGCAACUCCCCUUGCCGUGGCCACGUGCUGCAGAAGGCCAAGGAGUGGGAGCUGAAGAAUGGGACAUAGAGAGAGGCCAGCCACACCCAGACAGAGACUGCGUACUGCCACCAGCCUCAAGUAUGAAACGUGUGCCUCCCAAAGUGGCCUGAGCAUGACUUCAGAAGUUUGGACUGAGUCUGACGCUGACCCUUGGCCAGCGUGCGUGCACGCUCUCUACUGUAUGACGGUGCCCUUUAGGAAAAUUGACUUUAAGACUUUGGUGUCCAAAUUUGCUUGUUAGAAAGCAGAAACAAAAGGGGUUGACAAGUUGUUUUGAAGUACCCUCUGGCAGACGGGGCAGGCAUGGUUCUGAGGCUCUCAGCUCAAAUCUAGCUUGCAGCCAUGGAUCAUGUGCCCCUAGGAGAUGGAGUGGCCCAAGGCCCAAGCCUUCUCCAUGUGCGGCCAGAGUCCAUACAUCACCCUGUUUGCCAGAGAGUCCUGCUCUACGGUAACGGUAGCAUGAACUCCUUGUGUCUCUGCAGCACCCCCUCCGCCUGUCCCCUUGUCACUGGAGGUGAAGCCAUGAGGAAUAGUGCUGAGAAGUGAUUUUUAAGGUUUGGUUUGGCUUGAUUUUGGGGCAGACACUUUUGUUACCAGGAUGGAAAAGUCAUUCUUUUUGCUAGUCAUUUUCUUUUAAAGAAAAUGUCCCUUUUUAUCACGUGCUAAGCUUAGAUUUUAGGGACUUUUCAGAGGCCCUGUUUCCCAUUUUAUGAUGUAUUUUGAGAGGCAGCACCGAGCUUUUCAGUCUUUGGCUAGCAGUUGCCCCUUCGCCUCGACCUUAGACCCCUGCCUCCCCUACUGCCGGGCAGGAGCUCCUCAGCCCAGGAGGUGUACUGGUCACCGUCUGCCUGUAGAUCUAACAGUCGAGGCUGGAGCUUCCUUUGGAAACAGAGCAGGUUCGAGAACCCAUAGUCAAGUCUGGACCAUCUUUGAACAGAGACAGAUCCUUCCAGAGCACCUCCCUCCCCUUUAUAGUUGAAGGCUCACAGGUGCCCUCCUGUGCCCAGGUUCUGACUGUGUGGGUCUCCUCCCCUCCCCUGCCUACCUCUGUGCAGUUUCUUGGAUAGUUCAUUUGCUCAAUAUGCCCAGUCUAUAGCUCAUGGAUGGGGCUAGCCUCUAUCCUAGAAGUCUGAGAGUCAAACUGGCUUUUUGGGCUUCCAGGAUACUGUCCAGACCUUUCCACCAUGGGGAGUUGGAGGCAGUGAGGGAGAGUUAGCCAUCCCCACAGAUUAAUUCAGGGCAAGUUAUACACAGGCAAUGGGCUUAUUCCCAAGACUGAGAACCUGGUGAUGUGAUGCCAGAGGCGAGCCUUCCCGCUCCAGUGCAGGAUGUCCUUAGCACGCACAGGAGGAAAGUUUCCCAGGCGCUUGCUCUCUGGGCAGCCUUCAUGAUUAGGGUCCAUGCUCUGUGCUUCAGCCCUGAUGCAGCUGUCUUAGAGUCACCAAAGAGCAAUGAGGUGGUCACCAGUGGACAGGGACACCACACCAGACGUCUGAAGCUGCUCAGCUGGAGGUCCUCCCUCCUCAACUGUCCUACGGUGCUUCACUCUUGUGCCUUCCUCCAUGGGGCAGUUAGGAUUCUCCACACCAGCGUCUGUGUGGACUAAUUUCUGCCAGGGAACUGUGGAGAAGGGCCAGGAAGAGGAAUGUAGCCUAUUCACGGAGCAGCAACUCUGCAGCAACUGCGGGAGCCCUUGGGUCAUCACAGCAACUCUGCAGCAACUACGGGAGCCCUUGGGUCAUCACAGGGAGCUGUGACAUCAUUGACAUUGGUGCUCUGAGAGGAGAGAGGGUUUGACCUGCCAUAAUAUGUUGCCCGUGGAUCUCAGAGCUGUUCUUUUGGCCACUCUAAUGGCAGCCUGCUUUGCCAGUAAAGCUGUGCCAGGCUUUGAUUGUUACCAAAACAAGGAGAACACACCCAACUUAACAUCCAGUUCUGGCCAGCAUAGAGGGAUGUCUGUAAUGGUGCGGGGAUGUUAGGAGAGCACCAUGUCCAGCAAAUAUGCCAGAUGUGUUUGUCCUGACGAACACAGUAGCUCCAGGUCCUAGUGUUUAUAACUUGUGCUAAGAAGCCUAGGCUUGUAAUUCACUCUACUCUAGUGGAUCCUGUAAGUUCCACAGAGCCAUCUAAAGUAGGUCCCAGGGAAGGCAAGGCUCCUGACACAGCGUUCUGCUGUCCUGUGUUCCCCUUAAUGUUCUUAGAUUUGGUCAGAAAGCUAGUUGAAAGAAUUUGCUUCAAAAUAAGUUAUUUAUUUGUAUAUGUUCAAUAAAUAUAGUUUUAAUUUAUAUAUGUACAUAUUGGACACCCAUGAGACAUCCGGUCAGGAUUCUCAGUGUUCUCCCAGAGCCACAGGCAUGACCCCAGCCAUCCAUGGCACAAGUUUGCUUCGUGUGGAACCAGGUGGGCAGAGGACCGAGCCAUCCUCCUUCUGUGAGCUAUUGGGUCCUCUGGACCAUGGGAGGUGCCCCACCUUUUGGGAUCUCUCUUUGUCCGAGACCAUAGUGUUUCUUGGGGUCUACUUUUAUCACAGUUUGGUAAGAUGUCACCAGCUUUCAUAGUCCCCUCCACUUUUAUGUCUGUUCACUAACCCUUUGCAUAAAAAUAUCAUGCUAGCCUGUGGGCUUGCUGUGGUCCCUGGCGGGGCACGGGUGUGAACCCUCACUCUCACGCAGUCCCAUGUACCAGUGUUCUUUCAAGGGUGAGCAUGGGUCAGCCAGAAUGACCUGUGAGCUGGGUAUGGACCCGCUGCACUCAGAAUCUCCCAGAAUCCUUGCUGCUCCCCUGCCUCAUGUGCCAGUGUCUUGUCUCUUUCCUAUGCAUGCCUUGGUACUGGGUGCUGCCUCGCCCAGCUGUCCCCCUCGUUCAGCCACUUAGUUUGCUCUUUGCUAUUUCUUUGUCGCUAAGCCCACACUGACGGACUGGAGAACUGGCACUUUCAGAAAACCCACUUUGGAAAGCAAUGUCCCCGGCCCCUAGGCCACCGAGGAAGGCUUGGCUUCCACUGUGUGGGGCUGGCAGUCCCCUGGUUAGAAUUCACAUGCAGGCAGCAGCAGGAGUGUCCCUGAUCUCUCCUCCCAAAGACAAGGGACAGGCCUCCCCUGCUGUUGAUAUCCACCCUGUGCCACCCUCUGGGGAUACCUGAGCCAAGUGAGUCCUCCAUCCACACCCAACCUCACCAGCACACAGGAUACCUCCAAGGUCCAUUCUCUGGGUGUGGCCACAUCAAAAUGAUUGACUGUCAUCUUCUUCCUCCUCUUCUUCCUUCUUCUAAAGUCAUUAUAAACCAGAAACAUUUCAAAUCCAUGACAUAUUUUUAAAUUAACUGAAUGUCUGGGUCCUGUCCCCACUGACUUACUUCUAGCCACACCAGAGGGCAGGUUUUCUACUGUGAAAUAGACUGAAAAUAACAAGAACACUCCUGUGCUGUCUACACACAGCUCAGCCCCGGGAAGAGGCCAAAGCCAGUGUGGCCACAUCUCUGGUGUGGGAAGCCCACCCCUUCUUUUUAAGAGACACCCUUUGCCAGUAGCUGGGGACUGUACUGGCCUUGGAAACCUCGACUUCCCACACACCAGAUUGGAUUAUCCUUUCAAAGUGGAGUCUUCAAUUCAUACUUUUUAGGGACCAAAGGUGUUUCUAAUGUGAUAAUGUUUUUAAUUGAUUUUCUAACAAUGGUUUGCUUUCCAUUUUAACCCCAGUUUUUACAUUCUAGGUAUUCCAAAUGAACUGCUCGUGGCUCCAAGAUGUAAAAUGUUUUCACGUUAUGAAUGUAAUUAUUUCCUUAUUGUAUUUUUUAAAAAAAAAAACUAAAGUCAUAUUUAAAAUAGUCUUGGAAAGACACAGGCAAAGAAAAGAGAAAGUUUUUUUUUUUUUAGUUAACUAUGUUGGUAGCCCAUUUGAAAUGACUGUAAAUAUAUUUUGAUUGUUCAGCUCAAUGUAUUUAAUUCAGAAAGUAAAAAUUUUUAUGCAGAGAGACUUGCAAUGAAAAAAUCCUAGUUUUCAGCCCAUUUCCCCCAUUUUGUAGUCACUUCAUUCAACUUUUCUGCUUUACAGACUGAUUUUUCUACUGUUGUAACUAUGUACCCAUCGACUGGCGCCCAUUGGCGGGACUUGUUUGUGUUUAAUAAAACUGUGCUGUGCGGCCCAGCCUCACAUCCUCCUGACCGUGGCUCACAGUGCAGUCCAAGACGUC